AUGGGGGUAGAUGAGCAGGCUUUGGCGCACGAUGGAUCGCACGCGCAAGUCAAGGCGGAGGGGGGGAGAGCGGGAGUGAAUGGUCAGGUGGAAGGGUUUAGAGCGGUGGAUGGUGGUUUGGAAGGGGGAGAGGAAGACGACGAGGAGGAAUGGGAAGAGGAGGAGGAGGGGGAUGAGGAGGAUGAGGAGGAGGGAGAGGAGGAGGAGGAGGGAUGGGAGGAGGAGGAGGAAGAAGAGGAGGAGGAGAGUGAGGAGGAGAGGAGGGAGAGGAGGCAGCAGUCGGAGCAAUGGCUGCUGAAUUUCGACCAGCUCGGAUCCACAGUGCCUGUAUCUGCGCUGGACGCGCAGCAGCUGCGCCUGUUCUUCGCGGAGUCGCUGGCGCGCAGCAGCCGCGCGGGCGCGGGGGAGGAGGUGGAGGCGCGCAUGGCGGAGAUGCGCCGCCUGGGGCUCCGGGCGGGCGCGCGCGCGCACCACGCGGCGGUGGUCGUGCACACGGCCAAGGGGGACCUCUUUGAAGCGCGCCGAGCCCUGAGGCGCAUGCUGAACAGCGGCGUGUUCCCGCUGUACGAGACGCUGGUGGCGGUGCUGCGGCUGAGCGGGCGGAGGGGGCAGGUGGCGGAGGGGGAGGGCAUACUCGCGCUCAUGGGGGAACUGCAGCUCAACCAGCGGGCGGCGUGGGUUGUCCUUAUCGAGGAGCUAUUCGCAUCAGGCUCCCAUGCUGAAGGGAAAGCUCUGCUGUUGCGGGGGGUGGAGGACGGGGUGUGGCCCACAGCAGGCCUCAUAGACACCGUGGUGGAGAGCAGCUGCCGGGAGGGGCGGCAUGCAGACGCACAUGACGUGAUGAACGCUCUGGAGCAGAGAGGAUGGACGCCCGCCACGUUCCACCACAACUGCGUGCUCAUGAGCAUGAGCAAGGCGGGCGUGCCGGACAUAGCAGUGCAGAAGCUGGAAGCAAUGGUGGAGGAGCAGCGCGAGGGGUUGAAGGAGAGUCGCAGGGAGGGCAAGCCAGACGUGCACUCGUACAACUGGGUGCUCGAGGCCUUCGCUGCCCACCCCCAGGAGAGGUACGAGGACACGUUGGAGUUCAUGGGGCGCAUGGUGGAGGACAACACCGUGCAUCCCAACGGCAACACCUAUGCUCUGCUAGUGGAGAUAUUCUGCAAGGACUGGAACUUCCUAUCAGAGGCCGUGCGCCACUUCCGAGCCCUGCAGCGCCUGCCAGGCCAGAUGACCUGCCUCGACGUGCAGAGGGGGGAGCGCUACCACGCCACCGCUCUCUUCCUCAGAGCGCUCUGCCGAGCAGGUCUGGUGCAGGAGAUGCAGGAAGUGUUGCAGGCGAUGGUGCGCGACAGAGUGAGGCUGCCGGCGUCGGCACUGCUGGUGGACAAGCGCACCCGCCGCACACUGGUGUCCGCAUGGAUGCAGCCGUGCGACAUGGAACCCGAUUAUGGGCAGCCCACUGACUUCAUUCAAAGAGCCGCAGAGGAGUCAGAGGAGUGGAGCAGGGAGAGGAGGGAGAAGAGGGACAUGGAGCGCCAUGGGGCGUGGUGGAUGGAAACGUACGAGCUGCCGGGCUUCUG